CUAGUGCUUUUCUUCAACUGCCUCUUGACUUUUGGCUCUUACUUCUGCUUUGAUAUUCCCAGUGUCCUGCAGGAGCAGUUUCAAGGGGUUGGGAAGUGAGUGGUGGAGAUGAGUCUAGAAAGGAAGUCAAAACCAGGCUCUUGUACCUAUUGAGGCCCACCACCCAAAAAGAAGAACCUAACCUGCCCCAAUGGAACCCAGCAUAAUGGCACUGGACAUAAUGGCACAUUGGCCUGUGUGGAAGGUCUGGGGAUGACGCCUGCACAGUACAACCUGCUAUAUGCAAUCUAUGCUUGGACGAAUGCGCUGGUGGUGAUUCUGGCUGGAUUCCUGAUUGAUAAACUGGGAAAUCACUUUGGUGUCUUUCUUUUCUCUUUCCUGACUGUCUUGGGAUCGUCCAUCUUCGCUCUGGGCUCUCACUUCAAGGGAACUCCGUACCUUCUGCCGCUGAUGCUGACAGGACGGUUGCUGUUUGGAUCUGGGAAUGGGUCACUUACCAUUGUGCAGAAUCGCAUCACUGCCUUCUGGUUCAAGGGGAAGGAACUGGCCUUGGCAUUUGGACUGACCCUCUCCUUCUCCCGGCUUGGGAGUGUCCUCAACUUCUUCUUCACCCAGCAGUUUGAGACCCACUUUGGUAUCCAGUGGACACUCUGGGGAGGUACCCUGCUCUGUAUGUUGGGUUUUAUUUCAGCCAUCACAGUCAGCGUGCUGGACAAAGUGGGCAUGAAGCAGCUUGGCUUGGAUGGGGUUAUCCAGCAAGAGUCCAAGAAAGUGCGAGUUCAGGAUGUCCGGCGACUGCCACUUUGCUACUGGCUCCUAGUCCUAACCAUCAUGUUCUUCUACAACGGGGUCUUCCCUUUUGUGGCAGAUGCCAGCAAGUUUAUCCAGGAUAAGUACUCUGGCUACAGUCAGCAGGCAGCCGCUUACAUUGCUGGGGCGGUAUACGACAGCUCCCUUGUUCUCUCUGCAGCAGUUGGCAUAUUAAUCGACUAUGUAGGACUGAGAGGUGUGUUUGCAGUUGGUUGUGCUGUGCUGACUCUGCCAGUCUUUGCUCUCCUGGCAUUUACAUUUGUUCCUCCGCUUGUCUCUACCAUCUGGCUGGGGAUCACUUACUCCUUUGCUGCUGCGAGUCUGUGGCCAUCCAUACCCCUUGUGGUUCCCCAGGCAACGUUAGGUACAGCUAUGGGGCUUGCAACCUCUGUGCAGAUGAUUGGAAUUGGCCUCUCCAAUCUGAUCGUUGGACACAUUCUGGGAACCAAGUCCAGUGAACUAAAGAUCCCACUAUGGCGCUGGCAACAGAUGAUGAUCUUCAUGCUGGCAAACACCAUUGCAUGCAUUACUGCCUCUGUUAGCCUCAACGUGGUGGACAAGCAGCAGGGUGGGACACUGAACAGAGCAACAAAGCGAUCAUCUGCAGAACAGGUCAGACAGCCUGUAGACACAGCACCGCUCCUAGAUGAAGUGGGAAAUGAAGGGUUCAUCAACUAAGAAGCAUCAGGAUGCCCUAUUUUGGAUCCUACAGUGACAGAGUACAACUACAACUGGUUGCUGGCACAGUAUUGUCCCUCUUUAUUUCCAAUUAUAUGCUUUUAAGGAAUACAUUGUAAUAUUUUUAGUUGUUUUUUUUUU